AUGGGUAACCUGAAGGGCCUGCUUGCUACUGCGCGCCCUGAUGACAUGUUCGGCUUCCACGAGAUUACUUUUCUUCCCAGCCGGCUGCCGAAGUCGUACAUUCCGGAUAAGCGCAAUGUGGUGGAGCGUAUCGUCAGCGUCGGCAUCCUCUACAAUGCGACGGGGAGUUGUUCCGCGGUGCCUCUGGUGGUCCUAGAGCCAUCCAAUAGGCCCGAGCGCCGGUGGGCGAGCGCGGCCUCGCGCAAGGUGGCCGUUCGGUAUACGAACCGCGGGCGGUUGAUGCCGGAGGUGUUCACGGAGUUUGUGGAGACCGUCAAUGGUGUGCACUUCAGCCGUGAUCGCAACACCAUCAUCCUCACCAUUCACAAGGCGCAUCGCAUCACCGGCGAGAUGGCGCCGCCCGUCACGGAGCACGGCUUCAGUGUGCAGCACCUCACCAACACUCGAAUCGUCAACAUUCGUGGAUCGGUUCCGAAGACGGGCCUGCUGCACCUGCAGGGAGUGGGUGACGCGCUGAAGGCGUAUUACCGCGUUAUGCUGAUGAGGUGUGCGAUAGGGUCCAAGCGGUUCCAGUUCGACUAUUCGGCUUCCAUCGCUGAUGUCGACUAUAAUGACAUGCUCGAGUGGCUGGGAGACUCGUGGACUCGUGUGCACGCGGCAACUAUGCAGCGGAGCUGGUGGCGCGCUGGAUGCAUGCCGGCGAGCUGGCCGCCCCUAAUGGCGUACCUGGGUGACACGUGCGCAACCGGCAUGUUUGAGCCUAUUAUUUCGGUAUGCGCCGAUUUGCAGUUGCUUAUCGAGAAGUUCAAGGUGAGGCAUGCGUGUUACAUGACGGCCGCGGAUUUUAUCAACUGCCAUGCGGGACUAUGCGUGGAGCAGGGGUUCAGAGCCACACCUGCUGCCAGCACGUCCGAUGACUCGUCGGGCGAGAUGAGCCUGCCGGACAACCCAUUGCUGCGGGACGAGCGCAGCAGAAGGCGCGUGAUACGCAACGUCACAAACCCGUACGUGGAGCGUGCUGAUGAGCUCGGCAUCCCCCUAGCGGCUGUGCCUGCAAAGGUCGGAGCAACGACCCAGGAGGUGAUUUCCCGCCGAUGCAGGACGCCUGUCAAGAGGGCACGCGCGGGGGGGCGAGCUGAGGACGGGACAGCCAAAGAAGUGCUGCAGAGUGAUGAAGUGCUGGAGAGUGAUGACGACCACUGCUGCGCCUGGCAGUAG